GCUUUUAUUGAUUAGCCCUGGUGAACUACUUUGUUGCGAGUUGCCAGUUGUGUGUUAUAUUUAUGGGUUUGUGUGUGUUUCUGUGUGUGUCUCCUGUGGUGCGCCUGCAACAAGCUGCAGGCAAUUAGGUUGGUCUGCCAACUUUGUUUUGCCCAGUGUUUGGCGUUUUGCUGUUUAAAGACUAAAGACUGCCGUGACGCGCAAAAUUGCUGUGUAAGAAUAUUUCUGGCCAAAACCGCAAUGCCAACUGUGCGCGUUUUUAUCGACCAAACAAGAACCAAACUGACGGAGUCGCAGUUGGCACACCACGUGAGUGAUCAGGUGCAGGUCAAUGUGCUGGCAGCUGGAGUGCAGCAAAGCCAAAGGAGCAUUCUUGAAGUUGCCGCACAUGCAGCAGUGGUGAGGCAGCCAAUCAAGCGGCAGGCGGCAUGGGUGAUUCAGACAGUGAGGACAGCGAUGGCGAGGGAGGACUAGGAAAUGUCUCCAGGGUCAUCAUACGUCCGCCUGGUCAGAGCGGCAAAGCAAAGCGUGGUCACUUGUGCUUCGAUGCGGCCUUUGAGACUGGGAAUUUGGGCAAAGCGGAGUUGGUGGGUGAAUUCGAAUACGAUUUAUUCUUGCGUCCCGACACUUGCAAUCCACGUUAUCGCUUCUGGUUCAACUUUACGGUGGACAAUGUGAAACAGGAUCAGCGUGUGCUCUUCAACAUUGUCAACAUCAGCAAGAGUCGCAAUCUUUUCAACUGUGGACUGACCCCACUCGUGAAAUCCUCGAGUCGUCCCAAGUGGCAACGUUUGCCCAAGCGUCAGGUUUUCUUCUAUCGCUCGGCCAUGCAUCAGGGUCAUUAUGUGCUCAGCUUUGGUUUCAACUUUGACAAGGAGGAGGACGUGUACAUGUUUGCUUUGGCAUCGCCUUACAGCUACUCCCGACUGCAAUCAUAUCUGAAUGUAAUCGAUGCACGUCAGGGACCCGAGAAGCGUUUCACACGGUGUGUGCUUGUUAAAUCCUUGCAAAAUCGCAAUGUGGAUCUAGUGACUAUUGAUCAGGUGACGCACAAUCAGCGCUCCACGAAUCGCCUGGAACGCAGCUUUAUACGCGUCAUUGUGAUUUUGUGUCGCACGCAUUCGAGUGAGGCUCCUGCCUCUCAUGUGUGCCAAGGAUUGAUUGAGUUUCUGGUGGGCAAUCAUCCCAUAGCGCAAGUGCUGCGUGAGAAUUUUGUCUUUAAAAUUGUGCCAAUGGUGAAUCCGGAUGGUGUCUUCCUGGGUAACAAUCGAUGCAAUCUGAUGGGCCAGGACAUGAAUCGCAAUUGGCAUGUGGCAUCGGAGUACACGCAACCGGAGCUGCAUGCCAUCAGGAAUGUGCUGAAGGAACUAGACAAUUCAGAUACCUAUCAGAUUGACUUUGUGAUCGAUCUGCAUGCGAAUAGCAGCAUGCAUGGCUGCUUCAUCUAUGGCAACACCUACGAGGAUGUCUAUCGCUACGAGCGUCAUCUGGUCUUUCCUCGUCUCUUCGCCAGCAAUGCCCAGGAUUACGUCGCUGAGCACACCAUGUUCAAUGCGGAUGAACGCAAGGCGGGCAGCGUGCGUCGCUAUUGCUGUGAGCGUCUCAGCGACACGGUCAACGCUUACACUUUGGAGGUGUCCAUGGCGGGUCAUUAUCUGCGCGAUGGCAAGACUAUAGCGCUGUACAACGAGGAUGGCUAUCAUCGCGUUGGUCGCAACUUGACGCGCACCUUGCUGCAGUAUUAUCGCUUCAUUAAUGUCUUGCCCAUGCCGCUGGUCUCCGAAAUGAGAUUGCAGGGCAAGCGUCGAGGACGUCCGCGCACACAUCAUUCGCGCUCUCGUUCCCGCACACGCUACGAGGUGAAGCCAAGGGCGAAGACAACACGCUGUCAUGCGCCCAUUUCGUACACUAAUCUGAGUAUCUGCUACGACUCGGCAGGUGGCGUUUCAUCGGAUGAGGGCGGGUAUUCACCAACGAGACCGAUGAAUAUUGCGCCUGGUAGCAGCAGCUUUAGUGGUUAUCGAAACUAUCGACGCGCCGCCACAGCAAAUUGUGCUCUGCAUGAUCAGUAUUCUUUGGGUGUGUGUGAGCAUCAAGGAGGAGCUGGAGUUGGUAGUCGGAGCAAGCGCGGAGCUGCCCUCUUGACGAUGGAGAUGCCUGUGCCACCCGGUGUGAGUGUGCCCCCAAAGCCGUACCUGUCCAUAAUCGAUCUGAAUCAGCUGACGCGCGGCAGCCUUAAACUCAAAUCGAGCAGUUUCGAUGCCGAUGAUAGGCGUUAAAUGAAUGGGGAACAACUGGGGAACUGUAACAAUUUACGCUCUAAUCGAUUUUCUAUGCUUCUUGCCUGUUGCAGCUUUGUUUCUUACUUAAAUAAA